AAAAACACAAUAUAAAGAAAAGGAAGAAGAAGAACGAAGAAGCGAGCUGUAAGGAGAGCAGCCAAUAACCUGCUUCGGCCUCAGCCUCCGUCAGAGCAAUACUAACUGGUGGUUAUGAAGAAAUAAAGUGUUGGUCCUAUAAGAAGUUGUCUUUUUUCUGCCGGAUUAGUGUACGUCAGAGAUAUAUAUAAAUGGCAGGAAUGUUAACUGGAGAUUCCUCACACCACUCAACAUCUGAUAGUGGGCCUUCCAGAAAUUCUCCAGAAAAGCAAGAGGAAGUAGGACGUUGGUAUUUUUCAAGAAAAGAAAUAGAAGAAAAUUCCCCAUCUAGAAGGGAUGGUAUAGACUUAAAGAAAGAGACAUACUUACGCAAGUCAUACUGUACAUUUUUGCAAGAUUUGGGCAUGAGGCUGAAAGUGCCUCAGGUAACAAUAGCCACAGCAAUUAUCUUCUGUCAUCGGUUCUUCAUUCAACAAUCACAUGCGAAGCAUGAUAGAAGGACCAUUGCUACUGUGUGCAUGUUCCUUGCUGGGAAGGUUGAAGAGACACCUCGUCCAUUGAAGGAUGUGAUUCUUGUUUCCUAUGAGAUAAUACACAAAAAAGAUCCUGCUGCAACCCAGAGGAUCAAACAGAAGGAAGUGUACGAGCAACAAAAGGAGCUAAUUUUACUUGGGGAGAGGGUUGUCCUAGCAACUUUGGGUUUUGACUUCAAUGUUCAUCACCCAUAUAAACCUCUUGUUGAGGCUAUAAAGAAAUUCAAGGUUGCACAGAAUGCCCUUGCCCAAGUUGCAUGGAAUUUCGUUAAUGAUGGGCUGAGGACGUCGCUCUGCCUGCAAUUUAAGCCCCAUCACAUUGCAGCAGGUGCCAUUUUCCUUGCUGCCAAGUUCCUCAAAGUGAAGCUACCGUCGGAUGGUGAGAAGGUCUGGUGGCAAGAGUUCGAUGUCACCCCACGCCAAUUAGAAGAAGUUAGUAACCAAAUGCUGGAACUUUAUGAGCAAAACAGAGUACCCCCAUCUCAAGGAAGUGAAGUAGAAGGAAGUGCUGGUGGUGGCACAUCUCAUCGAGCCCCAGCAAAACAUCCUUCUGGGGGUGAGGAAAAACAAGUUUCAUCACGGUAUGGAGCCGACCACUCUUCUGCGGAUAAUCAUGGGGUGCCAUCAAGAACUUCACAAAAUCAAAGGAAUGAUGAUGGGAGUGGAGAGAUGGGCAGUGUUAUUACUGAUCACAAGAUGGAUACAGAAACCAAGGAGAAUCAACAUCAUGAACAAUUGCCCCAAAAGGAGAACACAAAGGAGGUUUAUGAUAAAUCAAGGUCCGGAUUGGAGCGAACUGGGGGAGAAGAUCAGGAAAGAACCAGUGGAAGAAAUGAAAAUGCUGAAGCAGGUGAGUGGAGAGAUGAUGGACCAUCACGUAAGGCUAACAGUGUGGUUGGCCGAAACUUGGACACUAGAGAAGGGCCAGUUGGCCAGUCUCCCAAAGAAGCUAUUAAAAUCGACAAGGAUAAGGUGAAGGCCGCACUUGAGAAAAGAAGGAAGUCUCGUGGGGAAACAAUGAAGAAAAAGGAUGUCAUGGACGAAGAUGAUUUGAUUGAGAGAGAGCUGGAGGAUGGGGUCGAAUUAGCCGUGGAAGAUGAGAAAAUCAAGAGAGAGCAUCGACAGAGCUGGUGUAGGAGUGAGAAUCAAGACCAUGUUAAGGACCAGCGGGAAAUGGGAGAAGGGAACAAUUUCAGUACAAAGGGACAAUCGUUGAAGAAAUUUGAAACAGAGGGUGCUGAAGAAGGCGAAAUGCUGGAUGAUGCUUCUCUGAUGAUGAACAGCCGAAAGAGAAAGGCAGGAAGCCCACCCGACAGACAGAUUGAAGGGAAGAAGCGCCACGAGUACAUGUCGGGUUACAAUCAAGACUCCAUAGAAGAUGGGCAAAAGACAGGUCGGGGUAGUUAUGCAGAUAAAUAAUAUAGAAGGCAUGCACACGAGAAUCAUUAGUGAGGCGGUAAAAGACGUACUUUUUCUGAAACGACCGUGCAUGAUCCGUAAGAUAAUUUCAUUAGAUACUGAUUUCUGACCAUCAAUAUUUAUAUUUUUGAAUUUUGCAACCAUAUAUGGUCAGAAUGGUCCUUCGGAAACUGAGACAUUGGCAGAAAUGUACUUGGAAUUAGUUUGAUUUUGGUUGCCUACAAUGGCACAUAAUAUUUUGGCUGUAACAGAAUGUUGGGAACGACAAUAUUUCAGUCGACAUAAUGGCAGGGGGCUUAAUGAGAAAGUAAAGAGGCAGCUAAUUAUUUAGUUC